AUGAGCAAAACUAAUGUAGAAUUUCCCAUUUCCUUAUCAUUAGAGAAUAUACAUACAAUUAUUGAUCUAGCUGAAUUAACUUCGUAUUACUAUAAUAAUAAUAUAGAAUUAUCUGGGAUACCUACCGUGAAAGGAGAAAAUCUGAUGAGUAUUGUCCAUAAAAUAGCAAAUAAUAUUGGGUUUUCUUUAGCUUCGACGGAUAUUGAUAGCAUACACCGUGUGCAGCGUUUUAUUCCGAAAAACAAAAAGGACGCAACUUCGUACAAUGGUCAACCCUCACGCGAUUUAUCUUCAAUACCCAAUAUCAUCGUGAGGUUCACGCAAAGACAACGUAAGAGAGAAAUGCUUGCUGCUGUGCGCGCCCGGAGAGGUUUCACCACCGCUGAUGCUGGAUUGGACGGCCCAUCUAAACCAAUCUUCAUAAGUGAUCACUUAACACCAGAUAAUAAACUUUUAUAUAAGCAAGCUCGGCUUCUCGUCAAAGAAAAUAAUUACAAGUAUAUUUGGUUGUCCGGAUGUAAGAUUAUGGUACGUAAAAACGACACUUCUAAAGCCUUACUAGUAUCUUGCCAAGCUGAUCUUAUGAAAAUAAAAUGA